AUGGAAGAAAAUUCCAGCUCCGGUGUGCCGUUGAGUUUUCAUGCCCCCGCGAAGUCCAGGCGUGCAUCAAGUACAUCUAGUGCCUCGUCAUCCGCGUCCUCGAGUGCUGGACAUCAUCAUAGGAAGAAUCGCAACCGCAGAAAUGAUAAGCGUAUGAAGCGGUUGGAAAAGGCAGUAGACAAUCUUACUGCCACCGUAAGUACUAUAGUAAAAGACUAUAUAUCGAAGAAUGGCGGUGUAGAGAAAGUGUUCAUGCUGCCAGCAAGCAAUCCUGCGCAAGGAUGUGCCACUAAGACAACUCUUGCG